CGUGUAGUAUCCAACCCGCCCCGCCAGCGACGAAGAGCAGAGCAGAGCAGAGCAGAGCAGAGCAACGCAACGCAACGCAAAGCAUGUAAUCUAUUUUCGAAGUAUAUGCGAGAACAACAAAAGGGCGGACACCAGCGAAGAAUGCUUCGCAAAGACAAAUCUCAUACUGCCUGAAGCAAACACAUCGAGCGACAUGGCCAAACGACCCGCGGAGGAGAAUGUAGACGGCAAUGAAGCUUACCUCAAACGCCAGAAGAUAACCUCCUCUGGUCGUUCAGGUCCUUUUGCGGGACCUCCCGUAGAGAUUCGAUCGGGGAAACAUUUAAAACAAGUCCUUGCUUUUGAUCAGGACAGCGGACGCUCAAGACAUGCAAUUCAAUCUCUCAAAGUAUUCCUGGACGGGUUUGCCAGCGCUGAGGGCGAAAAUGGAGGGCGACUUGCCAUCCUCAAAGACUUCCUUGAAUUGCAGAAACCCUCGGAUGAGGAUGAUACAGAGAAUGUAUUUUUGACCGACAUUAUGCAGGCUUGGAGUUGUGCCUGCCAAUCGUCUGAUGAGAACCUUCAAUCUGCUGUUCCGGCAGUUCUUGCGCUGCUGUUGAAGACUAUUUCUACCAUCCUCGACUUGUCGGAAUAUGGGCUGCGACUAGGUCGUACGGUGCUACAAUUGCGGCAGCGAGAGUUAGUUGCAAAAGGUUUGGAGGCACGCAAAAACAAAGACUUUGUGAUCUCCCCAGUUCUGCGGUUGCUCAGGGAGAUAGUGAUUUUCAAUGGAGGUGUCCUCGCGAAGCUAGUUUUUCUUGCCAGAGAUCAUACUUUCAGAAAUCUAUCACGAAACUUAUCUUUAAGAUAUCUUGGCGAUGGUGUUGAAGACCCCAGAAAGCCAUCGGUUAGAACGAACUCUCUGCGGUUCUUGCUGUCAUUGGUGAAGUUCAUUCCAAUCGAAUGCAAGCGGGACCUUUUCAAUCAACGAGAUUUCCUGCCAGGGAUCACCAGAGAUAUCAGAGACGAUCCUCCAUGCACAGUUCGCGAUAUUCUUGAAACGCUAAAAAGUUCAAUACUUCUCGACGACGCCGUACCACGAGAAGCUAAGACAAAGGUUCUAAAUGCUGGCUUCUUGGGACGAAUUGCAACACUCUAUUGGUAUGACCAGGCUGAGGAAGGGUCAGCUCCGCUGAAGAAGUCCGUUCCCGAUGUUGCUCAUGAGUUUUUACUACUCGCCUGUACGUCACCAAACCUAGGUGUGUUAAUAUCCUCGUCAGGACUUUAUCCCCGAGGUAUUAAUCCUGACGAAAGUCAUGCCUUUUCUACCGAAGAAUCGAAUAUAUGCCUUGGUCUUGAUAGCGUUGAAUGGAUGGACAAGUUCACCGAAAAGGUCUCUGUUCGAAACACGAUUUUGUCAGAGUUCUCUCAGACAUUGAGGCCAUGGUCACACGCGAGGCAGAGCGAUCUUUUGACUGCUAUACUCAAAUCUGCACCAGAAUUGAUUGCGGAUUAUUAUUUCGGAAAGAAGGAUUUUUCAUUCGACCCCAAGCUUACGGCAACAUGGAUAGGCUAUGCUUCUUUCAUUUUCUCAACACUGCAGCUGCCGUUUCCACAGUAUUUUGGGCAUCAGGAACGCUAUGCUAGGCUUCCACCUCCACCGUCGAUUGUUCUAGAGAGUAUACUUCCCCAACCUCUAACCCAAAAAGUCCUCACUCGAUGUCUCAAUCUUUCCAACAACAAUUUGAUUACGUUUUUCGCCAUCAGAAUACUCUGCGUGGCUCUCGGCAAACUACAAGAUGCACUGAAAUUGUAUCGUGAAGCUGCGAAUGGAUCAGCUUCUUCAGUGUGGGCCAAAUCAGCUGAGGUCUUAACAGAUGAGUUUUGUCAAAGAUGUCCUUCAAUUAAAGACGUAAUUAUUGCAUUCAGACGCUUGAAAAACUCUGAUCUAAUGCAAAAGGAGGCAGCAACAAAGCUGCUAGUUUUGUACUACGAGGUAGUCCCCCGCAUUGCGCUUGAUGCCAAAUUUGGGGUCUCAGCUGCGCUUGCCGAAAAUCUCAAAGCAAUGGAAGCGUCUACUUUGAGCCUUGAAGAUCGAGUUCUUAGGGCCAUAGAGCUGGAACACCUGUUCCAGUUUGCACACUACUCUCCUGGAAUGCGGUGGUUUACGAAAGGAGACGGACUAUCAGUUUCUCCAUUUAUGGCUAUGCUGAAACUCGCUGCAGAAGCGCCUUCCGAUCUACCAUUGCUUAAAUUAAGAACUGUGCUUGGCUCUGUGGCCGAGGAGAAUCAGAUACUGCAAAGCCAGACCGUACACUCCGCUCUAGACAGUUUCGUUCUUGGACUGAAAAGCGUCCCGAUCGGCGCGUGUUCAUCGGCUGUGUACGAAUUCCUGGAUAAUUGCAUCUCACGAUGUGCUGGCAAGCCAGUAAAAUACAUGUUUGCACUUGAAGAGGUGUGCGCAUUUUCGACCGACGGAAUGACCCCAGUAAGUCUGCUAUCCUUAGCAAUAGUCGAACAAUGGCCCUUUUUGGUAAAAUCAGCAAGCGAGCCAGAGCUUGACGAGGUAGCCCAAUUCGUUGCCAGAUACUUUGCGGCGUCUAUGAGAAUCAAAGAAAACAAACAUGUCAUCAAAGUUCUUGUCCAACGAAUUUCCGCAGAAAUGCCAGAAAACUCAACUGCGAGGGCAACCAUUGAGCGGUCUUUAGAAAUCGUGGAUGAAGUAGUCAUUACUGAGGAAAAAAAUCAACCAGUUGAGGCCGAGAACAACUCAGAGAAGAAGGCUCUCAUUGACACGGAAAGAGCAGAAGUCAUUUCCAAUAUGAACGAUUGUCCCGCAAACGCAGCUGAAGACCACAAGUCCUUGACAAAGUGGACGACAAAGGAGGUCGACGAGGUGAUCAAUGGUGGGAAUGGUGCUGCACUUGUCAUGCUACUUUCGUCCAACCAUCUCAGUGUCCGCAAGGAAGCAACAACAAAUAUAUCAAAAUUCGCAGCUAAGUUGAAGGGAUCAACACUGGGAGAAAAAGAUCAGAUCUGGUUGCUGCUAUGUGAAGUGGUGGAGACGGCCAAGAAAACCAUCAGCCACGACCCUUUGCCAACAGUCAUAUCAGCAUUUGCAUCCCACGCCAUAUCUGUUCUCAAUGAUCCGCUGCACGUUUUAUACCCGAAGAUCAAUAAAUUUCUCUCACAAGGACCGACAUGGGAUUUGGAUAAGAUUCCACUGAUGCACAAGAUUCUUGAUCAACAGCCAAGUGUCGACGAUUCGCAUUCCUCGGAAAUCAGCUGGUUGCUGAAUUGCCUGCUCGUCGGCCUGAGUACAAGCGAAGACAUGGGCUUGUACCGAAAGAGACUGGUAUUUGAGAAACUGCUGUCAGUGUACAACAGCACCUAUCUCGAAAAGGGCUUGCGAGAUAAGAUUCUUAGGAUCUUCUUCAGAGCCACGACUAUUGAAGGUGGCAGCACCACAUUGGUGACCAGGUUCAGUGCAGUGACUUGGCUAGAGGCACAGGGAGCUCUUGGAGGAGGUUUGCCGCUGAACUUGCUGAUGGAGAAGAUAAUGGAAUGUAGUGACGAGAAGAGGGUGAAGAAGUGGAGCAAGGGCAGACGUAAGGUCAUAGGUGACAAGCGAAAAGGAAGGAGCAGUAUGUGAUGUCAACUGUUUAGAUACCCAAGUAUAGAAGCUGUGGAAGUCAAUGCACAACGAAAUACAACCUCAAGAAAUGGCGCCUAAUUGUCGCGUUUGAUGAGCAGGGAGCGCCUAGUGGUGUCUUGUCUUGGCCUUGGCACGGCGAGGGCACGGCACUUGGACCUUGAGCAUCAGCACCUUCUGUUCUCCAUCUCUAUCUCCAUCGACACAAUCAAGACAGCCAACAAUACCAUUCAACGUGCCCUAUCGAACGGUCUCCGCGGCCAUUCACUGCUUAAUACCAUUCCCUUCCACCAUUACAGCUGCCUGAUACCCGUGCCGCAUCAACUCCAGCUCUUGUCUUCACGUUGCACACACGACUUUGCGCCUUGCGCUCAGCCUGUCUCCACGACACGUUUAACGAUCGCACGAUAUUCCCACAAUCACCUUGAAUACUGCACUUCGUCUCACCUUAUACCUGACGUCGAAUAUCCUUGCACGGCCAGUUUCGCCUUCAACCUGAUUCCAUUCCACCGAACCCCUUCCUCGCACCUCUGCCUUAUACUCCUCCUCUGGACAGGACUUUCAGCAAAAGACGAGGUUCAACCCAAUUCGGCCCAUGAGACAUCGUAAUCGUUCAUACCUGAUCAGCUGUCCAAAGCAACCACCAUGGCGGUCAGAUAUACACCGGAUGAGUUGAAGUUUCUACGAGACUCACCGUUGGUCGACAAGCCUCCAAACCUGCCCCCAGCAGAUCAAUGGAUGGGACAACCUGCAGAUGCUACUCGUAAUCCGACUAAGCCAACUAUCGACAGAGCAAAGAGUAAUGACUCUAACCUACUUCUAGAUCAGACGAGACGCCCUGUAACAGAGCGGCACAUGUCACGUAACUCUGCCAACCCCGAAGACAUAAUUCUCGGGCCACCCAAAAACCAGUUCUCUUCAGCUGCUCGCAAUGCUGGUAAAACUUUUGAUUCCUCAGAGCGAUCUUCCUUCAGGGACACAGAUUCAAGAGACCGAUACAACUUCCGAAACAAGACUGGAGAAGGAGAGACUGAGCGAACGCGAGAUACCCGAAACAACAAUCUACGCCCAAAGCGUCCAGAUGGCGAAGAUAGCGAUGGAUGGAGCACGGUUAAACCCAGAAAGAGUUUUGGUACGGAGGGUGCCGAGAGAUUCAAUGGUCGCAUGGGGGUGGACAGACACAGAGAGGAUAGAAGAUUCAAAGACAGGGAAGAACGUGAGGUAAAGGAGAAGCCAAGGGGCUUUGAGAGCUUCUCCAGGGACAAGGAUAUUGAUCAAGACCAGGAGAAAGACGCUCGUAGGAAUGGGACAGGACGUGGUCGAAACGAAUCCUGGUUCAAGGCCAAGGAUUCAACAGAUGUGCCUCAGUCCGGAGCUAAAGAACGGAAUAGUAAUGGUGACAGAUUUGUCGAUCGAAAUCGUGGAUGGAGAGACCAGGAAAGAGACGAUACUAGAGCAGAGCGCGGUGAGAGGAACGAGAGAAGCGAGAGAAAUGAUAGAGGGGGUGAUAGAGGCGAUCGUCGUUGGGAUAGAGACCGAGACCAGCGCCAGGAACGCGAGCCUGCAUGGUUCGAUGAGCCAGUAGAAGAUAAAUCGUCAGCAAACCAGGUCCAUACAGCAGACGACU